AUGUUUUUCAUUAAGGAUCUUUCGCUUAACAUUACACUUCAUCCUUCUUUUUUUGGACCUCGUAUGAAGGACUACCUGAAGACUAAGCUUUUGCAGGAGGUAGAAGGGUCUUGUACAGGUAAAUUUGGUUACAUUCUCUGCGUACUAGAUUACGAGAGUAUUGAAAUUGAACGUGGCCGUAUUUUACCCACUGACGGAUCUGCUGAAUUUACUGUUAAGUAUCGUGCUGUUGUAUUCAAACCUUUCAAAGGUGAAGUCGUUGAUGGGACUGUGGUUUCCUGCUCUCAACAUGGUUUUGAAGUUCAGGUUGGUCCUAUGAAAGUUUUCGUUACCAAGCACUUGAUGCCCCAGGAUCUAGUAUUCAAUGCAGGUUCAAACCCACCAUCAUACCAAAGUUCAGAAGAUGUUAUCACAAUAAAAAGUCGAAUUCGGGUGAAAAUUGAAGGUUGCAUAAGUCAAGUUAGCUCUAUUCAUGCAAUUGGUAGUAUCAAGGAAGAUUAUUUGGGUGCCAUUUGA